AUGCACCCCAGCGUCAGCGCCGACACCCGCAUCCCGACCGGACUGCGCCUGGGCCCCGUCCUGGGCAGCUUCAAGCUGGGCAAGUACCUGACGGACCGCAGGGAGCCCGGCCCCAAGAAGAAGGUGCGAUUUAUUCGAGGGGAACUUGUGGAUGAAUCAGGAGGACCAGCCUCGGAGUGGAUAGGGUUAAUACGAGCGGCUAGAAAUAGUCAAGAACAGAAUUUGGAAGCCUUCUCUGAUCUACCAGGAGGACAGAUCUAUUACCGGACCAUGCGGGAGGUGCAGGCAGGAGAGGAGCUCACAGCCUGGUACUCCAACUCCCUGGCCCACAGCUUCGAUAUCCCCACCACAGCCACCCCAACACACGACGAGAAAGGUGAAGAACGCUACAUUUGCUGGUAUUGCUGGAGAACCUUCAAGUUUCCAAACAGCUUAAAAGCUCACAUCCACUUUCACUGUGCUCUAAAUAACGGCAGAGGAUUUCUCAGUAAUGAGCACAUCAGGAGCACAGACAUUUUCAACCUGUCUCCCAAAGCCGCUGAUGGACUGACCAACCCCACCCCAACACUAAGAGGAAACCAUCAGCAGACCAACGGGACAAGCAGAGACUCCAUUAAGAGGGAGACCUCGUUGUCUCCAGCUUCAAACAAACUGGGGGUGAUCAAAAAGGCACUUAGGAAGGAGGAGCAGGACAGAGCCCUGGACAUGAGCCUGAACUCUGCAAGAAGCCAUGGACAAUUUCUAGGCCUGGCGGGCAAUACUUGUGGUGGGAACGGGAUGACUUUUUAUCCAGGCUUGAGGUCGGCUUUUAAACCCACUGGCUUGUCCAAGAUACCCCACUCCGAUUCCACCAGGGAUGACGCCAAGUCUACCAGCCUGGGCUUCAGUAAACUUUUAGGGACCAUCAAGCCCAACCGCUCAGGAAAUGAAACUCUAGUGAAUAACCACCACUCCAAGUGCUUGAUACCAAGUGAUGGGCCAAACAGUGUCCUGUCUUGUACCACUGGCCUGAGAGGGUUUCCAAUUUUGUCCCACCUGGAGGAAACUUCAGCAUUCAAGCAUGUGGAGAGGGGUCUCCACAGUAGUUUAUCUUCCAGCAGUCGCUACAACCAGAUCCCACAGACAGGAUUACACUUCACAGAGAGGUUCUCCAUCCCUCAGUUUGAAGGCAUCAAGUCCUACUCAGCGGAAUGUAAUAUCCCAGUUAUGCCUUUCACUGUGUACAACGGAGAGCUCCUGUACAACACGCCAUAUUAUCCCUUCAAGUUCCACUUCAGUAACCUUAUCAAGUACCCGGAGUCUAUGUCUUACUUCAAUGCUGGACCAGCUAUGACCCCAGAACUGGGCUCCAUCACUACCAGCAUAGAUCGUGAGAUAGCCAUGCAUAAUCACCAGCUCUCUGAGAUAGCAGCAGAGAAAAGCAGGACUGGAAGACUAGAGACUUUAGCUACAGCCUCAGCCAGUGGGAAGCCCAAGAAAGGCCACUUGUGUCUGUACUGUGGAAAGCUGUACUCUAGGAAAUAUGGCCUGAAGAUCCACAUGAGGACUCAUACAGGCUACAAGCCACUCAAGUGUAAGGUGUGUCUAAGGCCCUUUGGGGACCCCAGUAACCUGAAUAAACACAUUCGUCUGCAUGCAGAGGGCAACACACCCUACAGAUGUGAGCACUGUGGGAAGGUGCUGGUCAGAAGAAGGGACCUUGAAAGACAUGUCAAGUCAAGACAUCCUGGCCAGAGCCUCAGCACUAAGGAAGAGGUUCAUUGUGACCCUUCCUACCAGCAACCAGAUCCCAAGAGUGAGGACAAUGACAGUGAUGUGGACGUGUGUUUCACUGAUGAGCAAAGUGACCAGGACACAGGAGGCAGCAAAGACCACUGA